AUGUCAAACACUGGCAGUCUAGAGGAUUAUCCUGACACACUAAGACAUAUAGCUGUCAGUCUGGGGGAUUAUUUUGGCACACUAGGACGUAUAGCUGACAGUCUGGAGGAUUAUCUUAACAUACUAGAACAUAUAGCUGGCAGUCUGGAGGAUUAUCUUGACACACUAGGACAUAUAGCUUUCAGUCUGGAGGAUUAUCUUGACACACUAAGACAUACAACUGACAGUCUGGAGGAAUAUCUUGACACACUAGGACAUAUAGCUGGCAGUCUGGAGGAUUAUCUUGACACACUAGGACAUAUAGCUGACAGUCUGGAGGAUUAUCCUGACACACUAGGAGAUAUAGCUAUCAGACAUAUAUCUGGCAGUCUUGAAGAUUAUCUUGACACACUAGGACAUAUAGCUGUCAGUCUGGAGGAUUAUCUUGACAAACUAGAACAAAUAUCUUGCAGUCUUGAGGAUUAUCUUAACAUACUAGAACAUAUAGCUGUUAGUCUGGAGGAUUAUCUUGACACACUAGGAGAUAUAGCUGACAGUCUGGAGGAUUAUCUUGACACACUAGGACAUACAACUGACAGUCUGGAGGAUUAUCUUGACAUACUAGGACAUAGAGCUGUCAGUCUGGAGGAAUAUCUUGACACACUAGGAGAUAUAGCUGGCAGUCUGGAGAAUUAUCUUGACACACUAGAACAUACAACUGACAGUCUGGAGGAUUAUCUUGACAUACUAGGACAUAGAGCUGUCAGUCUGGAGGAAUAUCUUGACACACUAGGACAUAUAGCUGGCAGUCUGGAGGAUUAUCUUGACACACAAGGACAUAUAGCUGACAGUCUGGAGGAUUAUCUUGACACACUAGGACAUACAACUGACAGUCUGGAGGAUUAUCUUGACAUACUAGGACAUAGAGCUGUCAGUCUGGAGGAAUAUCUUGACACACUAGGACAUAUAGCUGGCAGUCUGGAGGAUUAUCUUGACACACUAGAACAAAUAGCUUGCAGUCUGGAGGAUUAUCUUGACACACUAGGACAUACAGCUGGCAGGCUAUAA